CAAAACCCUUCAUUUCAGAGAAGUUUAUGAUAAUAGACUCUGUUCGAUUCCAUGGGUUUUGACAUUUGGCUUAUGAUUUUAAUGUGGAACCACAUAAUUUUUAAGUGGAGCAAUUCCGAUAGACAUUCCACGUAAGCAGCCCGCCAUACAUGAGGCAAAAGUAAAAUUAGAAAUAUAAACUGUCAAGAUAUAGUACAUCUCAGCAUUUAGUCAUUCGAAGGUCUCUUUUAUUAGAGAAUAGUUUGAGAUUCUUGCACUUCAAAAUUGUUCUUGAUUAAUAUCUACAAAAGUGGAAAAAAUCCCACUUCCCAUUUGAGGAAUUUUAAUUUCUUAUAGCCCUAACACAAAACCUCUUAUUAGCCAGGUGAAAAGAUGAAUAAAAAACUUAUUAUUAAGUUUACUGAGUAAUAAUACAUAUGGUCCAGGAUUCAUGAUAGGUCUUUGAAUUCGUAUCAAUAUAGGUAGUCUCCACAUCAGAUAAUAAAUUAAACGAUGUGCCUCAUGAGUAGGUUACUAUAUAUAUGAACUUUAAGAGAAUAUAUACUCUUAAGUAAUAAGAGACGAUUUAUGAACAACUUCCACAAGACGAGAACGAUAGACUACGAUAUGCAUACCUACCAUAUGUAUGUAACGUUGGGUACAAAUAUAUGGUAGGCAUACCUAUCCUAUGUAUGUACAUAGUAUAUGCAUUGGAUAAUAAAUUGAAAGGUUGUCUCAUUAUUAAGGUUCUAUAUAUGGCAAAUUGACAUCGUCUAUUGUUAUUAACUUACAUGUAUAUUGUUCUUACGUACGUAAACUCUUAUAACCUACAUGAAUAUCCUUCAUAACCUAUAUCUAUAUCGUUCCUACGUAUGUCAACUCUUAUAACCUAUAUGAAUAUCCUUCAUAUCUACGUAACUCAUUAAUAAAACUCCUUCGUACUAUAAGACCAUCAAUUAUAGCUUCAUCCUUCCUUUUGUUUUAUAAUUGAACAUGUGUUUCUUCUAACAAUAACCAAAAGGAUUUUAAUUGUAGUUUUAAUAGCAGAAAAAAUGUAUUCUCUACUUUAUAUAUUGAUAUAUCGUUUAUUAUAUUAAUUGUUAGGACGUGACUCAACAAAAUAGAUGCACGACAGAAAAGAGACAGAGAAACAAAAAAAAUCUAAACAAUAAUGGGCUCAAUUACCUUAUAAGUGAUAAUUACCAAGGAUAGAAAGAAAUAUCGAUCUUUUAAUCAUUUGAAUGAGCCACAACAAAAUCUGUGUUUUAAUGCAUGUAUGUAUGCUAAUUUAACAGACAAGCUUCCAUAUAAAACCAAGGGUGGAUAAGAAGUCCCAUGAAUUCCAAAAAAAUAAAAAGGAAGAUAUUACAUAGGCAUCCACCCAACUCAUAGUACUAAAUUUUCUGCAUCAUAUUUACAACUUUAUUUGUGCUAAUAAAAUUGCCUACCCGAGAUUUCAUAUUUAUCCUACCUAUAAAACAAUCUUAAUUACCAUUUAUGUGAAAACCACAUUCCCCUCACACAUGGACAACAAAUCUUCUUGUAUUGACUCUUCCAUUGUAAGCCGUCAUAAAUUUAGCAAUGUACUAAUAUACCAAAAUGGUCUAUAUUGAUUUUCAUAUCUCCUGCAUUGUAAGAGCAAUAAAUUUCUAUCUAGGAUGUAAUCUUCUAGAAUUGGUUAGGUAGCCCUUGCUGCUCCUAUAUAUAUCGCAGGCUGUUUGGGGCAAGCAAACCCACUAAAGCUACUAAGGCUUUUCCUUCUUCUUCCCUAGUUUGCAAUUGUUUUUCCUCUCAAUUUUUUCUCUUUCAGCCAUGACUAGAAAGAAGGUCAGCCUGACCUACAUCACUAAUGACUCAGCUAGAAAAGCCACAUUCAAGAAAAGGAAGAAGGGUUUGAUGAAGAAGGCGAAUGAACUUAGCACCCUUUGUGAUAUUCAAGCAUGUGUUAUUAUUUAUAGCCAGUAUGAAUCUCACCCUGAAGUUUGGCCAUCCCCUUUGGGAGUGCAACGCAUUGUCUCACAAUUCAGGAGCCUGCCAGAGAUGGACCAGAGCAAAAAGAUGGUCAACCAGGAGACCUUUCUGAGGCAGAGGAUUGUGAAGGCCAACGAGCAGCUGAAGAAGCUGAGGAAGGAGAAUCGGGAGAAGGAGAUGUCGAGGGUCAUGUUUCAGAGCCUGACUGGUAAGCCUCUGCAGGGACUGACCAUGAUUGAUCUGAACGACCUCGGGUGGCUCAUUGACCAGAACUUGAAGGAGCUGGUUGAUAAGAUCAAGACCCGGAAGGAGGAGCUGGCUCAGAGAAAUCCAGUCCCAGUCCCACCAACUCCAGCAGCUGUGCCUGCAGCUGGAGACCAUGCCCUGAACCUGAACAUGCACGCAACAAUGGAGAGACAAGCUUUCGGGCUUAGCAACAUGGGCAACACCAUGCAGAGGCCUUCAUGGUUCACAGACAUGAUGAACCCUAAUGAGCAAAUGGGGUUUGGUGCUGUGGCUGAGGUUCUGCCCUUUGGGGAUCAAUACCAUCAUGGUCAUGGUCUUUGGUCUAACAAUCCUUUUUUUCCUUGAGAUAUCUAGCGUUUGUUUCUUUGGUGUUUUUUAAGUGAUUUGGUGCACGUGUUGAUGGUUUUAGUCUUAAACCACAGGAGGUUGUGUAUCUUUCUUUAAUCUUAUGUAAUAAAAAGUUUAGUGACCAGUAGUUGUUGGGUUUGUUCGUAUUCUUCGAGGGCUUAUUAUCUGAUGUAUUUGAGUAUUAUUAGUCUUUUUAAUAUCCAUGGAAAUAUAAUCUAUAUAAUAUAUAUAAACAUCCAUGGGAUGAGAGACGGGUUGCAUGUAAGAAAUUUUUUUAUUAGUAUAACCAUAAUCGACGAUCAUAUUGUACAAAAGACUUUUAUCGAUAACUAAUUUAGGUAUGUAUGAAGGAUAUACAUGCAUGUUAAUAACAACAGACAAGAUGUCAAUUUGCCAUUUAUAGGAUCUUAACAAUGAGACAACCAUUCAAUUUGCACUGAACGAUACGUACAUAUAGCAGGUACACCUACCAUAUAUUUGCACUGAACGAUACGUACAUAUGGUAGGUACACCCACCAUACACCUGUACUUAGCGGAACGAAACGUAGUCUUACAAACCAUGGACCCUAAACCCUAAUGGUACACCUACCAUUUUACUGUCAUAUUACACAGUAAAAUGACAAUACUUUUUAUCAUUCAUCUUUCACCUAGCAAUUGUCCACAAUGGUGAUAGAGAGAGUCAUAGACAUCGAUGUUUUUUAUCUGUGGAUGGCUACAAAACUAAUUAAUGACCAGAGGUUGUUUUAGGCUAUACGAAACUAAAAUUCCUAAAAUUGGAAGUGGGAUUUUUUCCACUUUGUAUAUGUUAGCUAAGAACGACUUUGAAAUGCAAGAAUUUUAAACUAUCCUCUACAAUGCACUUUGAAAAAAAUGCAAAGAAGACUCUGCUGACUAAUAACUAUGUCUCAUAAUCAUAAAUCAGAUGCAAUCAAAUAAUCAUAAACUCCCUUUCAAUUAAAUAAGAAACUCAUAAAUCAUCAUCAAUUGGAAAAUUGAGUUUA